AUGUCGAAGAUGGUCGUUCAGCAGCCCCAACCUGUUAUGGUUGUGAAUACGUCAAACCAAUGGAGUUCAGGCAUCUGUGACUUCUGUGAAGACGUUCCAGAGUGUUGUUUCUCAUUCUGGUGUUUUCCUUGCUUUGCCUGCGCAACUUCGAGGAAGCAUGGCGAGUGUCUGUGUCUACCACUGCUUGAUAGUUUUGGCUGUAUUCCCCCUAUAACUGUGGCCAUGAGAGCAUCACUCCGCCAACGCUAUGGCAUCGAGGGAUCAAUCUGCAAUGACUGUAUCUGUACAUACUUCUGCUAUCCCUGUGUUUGGUGCCAAAUGUCAAGAGAGAUGAACGUGCGCAAUCAAGCAGUCACAUUGCUCACUAACCGAACAAAAUAA